AUGGCCAAGGUUCAUGCUUUCCCACAAGUUGACUCUUCUUCUUGCUCUGCUUCUACCUCUUGCAUGUCUUCAAAGCCAGAAACAUUCACUAUAUGGAUGAAAUCACUUUUGAUGCAAACAAAUGGAUGCACUGUUUUUAAUAAAAACGGUGAGAUUGUUUACCGAGUUGAUAAUUAUGACAAGAAGGCCGGAAGCAAUGAAGUUUAUCUCAUGGAUCUCAAGGGAAAUGUUCUUUUCACUAUACUUAGAAGGAAACUAUUCCUUUUCAGACAAUGGAGGGGCUACAAAAGUGAUGGCUUAAAAUUAAAGACUCAAGAGCCUUAUUUCCAGGUUAAAAGACGUUCAGAAAUAUUCGAAGGUGAUCUAUCCUGUCAAAUUACUGUUCGAUCCAGUGAUGCUCAAGAGAGUUGCUCCUACAAGUUAGAAGCCUUAUCUGGAAAAUUAGCAUUCAAGAUUACAAACAGCAACGGGGAAAUUGUUGCAGAGGCCAAGAGAAAGCGAUCAUCCAAGGGUGUAUUAUUAGGGGAUGAUGUACUAACCUUGGUGGUGGAGCCUCAUACUGAUCAUUCCUUUAUCAUGGCACUUGUGACUGUGUACGGAUUGAUGCAUCAUAAACUGUGAACAGUCUUCAAAAUGUACACAUCAGAAAUUUUUUAUUUAUAUUGACUAAAGUGUAGAGGAAUCAAUUCAACACGCGAGAAUUUCAGCUAAUAUCAUAUUUUUUUUGGGUGCCGAAUUGUAUAGAAUUUUUAAAGUCGUGAUCCGUUCCCAAGUUUUUCUUUCACAAUUUACACUUCCAUUUUUCACUCACAAUUUGCUUUGACGCUAAGUUCUUAUGUGAUGUAAUGUAAUGUGUAUUAGACCCAUAAAUUAUCUAACUAUCUGUCACUUAAUGCUUC